CCUCGAUCGCACCAGCGGAUCUCGGAUGGGUGCAUUGGCGAUUUGCUCCUUUGCUGCGCGUUCUUUGGGGGCACACUAUAGGGUUCUUGGCGGAGGUUUUUUGGGGACGGAUUAUGGGUAUCGUUCAUAGCUCCGGGGUUUCAUUUCAUGAUCUUUCGCGCUCUGCUAGCUUUAGAGUGCUAGUCUGCUAGACGCGGGAUGAAACUUCCCUUUCCCUCCAUUGUGUAAUGGCGUGUUCCUUGCUCGAAUCUUGCUUCUUUUUUUUUCCCCAGCUCCAGCUGCUACUCUGCUCGUCUUCUUUUCCUUCCCCCAAUGCGGCUGUUUUGCACUUUUGGGACCGUCAGAGUGGGAGGGGAUGAGAAAGCUUUUGCUUUUUCACGGAAGCUAAAGAUUUUUGGGGGCUGGUUCAGAUGGGAUCGACAUGCGUCUGAAAUUUCGGGCGUGUCUAGUAAAUUAAGCAGAUUUCUUUAUGUUCUUGGUGUUCUUGGUGGAUUGGAAGACUCGCUUAGCUCUGAUCUUUUCUUCUUUUUUUCUUUUGUUGUAAACAAUUGUAGGCAAAUGUGAUGCCCUGCUUCGUAUCUAAAUACAACAUGAUAAUUGUGUAUAUAUUUCUUUUUAUAGUAUAGUAGGGUAAAAAAAGAGUCGAAUUGCAUGUUAUCUUCAGUUUGUAGUCAGGUGGUGCCUGGCUCUGGGCUGUUAGACUUCACAGCCUGUGAUUCCCAUGGUUGGCUUAAUGUGACAUGUCAUAUAUAUCAAUCUGAGUCCAAUUGCAUGUUAUCCCUUGUCUGCACAUGCCCAUAUAUAUCAAUCUGCAUUUUUUUUACCCCCUAUAUGAUCAAAGCAACUCACUCACUGAACAUGAGUAAUUAUCUUCUCUUCCUGACGUAUCUAGUUUAUAUAUAGUGUCCUACUCACAUUUCUCACUGAGGAACAUGAGUGGAGUAACCGAGUAAUUAUCUUCUCUUCUUGCCGGAUCUAGUUUAUAUAUAUAGUUAUUAUGUCCUUGCCUUUGCUGAAUAUUUCUUCGCCUGCUACUUUUGUUCUUCAGUGGAUAUCAGCAAGCUGUUGGACAGUGAGUUUUUGGUGCGAUGUGUUUACUCAUUUGGUUUCAAAGAGUUCAAGUGCAUGCAUCACGUUGUUUCAGUUGUCCUCAUGUUAUGAGAUUCUAAUCUCUAUCCAUUCAGGUUGGCAUGUCCUUUUUGACUUGCGUGCCAUAUUUAUGGCGCUCUCUCUCUCUAUGAUGUCCAAACUUGCAUUGGUGUACCAUAAACUUCAUUCAAGUUGAUACGUGCCAUAGUCCCUUCUGUACCUGAGGCUCUGAGUCUGAGCUAUCCAUAAAGUAUUUGUUCUUGGAGUUAGGAUAUGCUCGGAUGACAAAUGAACGGCCUUGCCUUUACACUCUUGUCCUUUACGUAUGCAUUAUUGGACUGCUGGUAGCAUACAUGACAGACAUCUUAUUGUGUGCAGAUAAGACAUGGGUCAGGCUUUGGGUUUAGUGCAGGUUGAUCAGUCAACUGUAGCCAUCAAAGAAAACUUCGGCAAGUUCAGUGAGGUCCUGGAGCCUGGUUGCCACUUCCUGCCCUGGUGCAUCGGGCAGCAGAUUGCUGGUUACCUCUCCUUGCGUGUGCGCCAGCUGGAUGUCCGCUGUGAAACAAAGACAAAGGACAAUGUCUUUGUCACUGUUGUUGCAUCUGUCCAAUAUCGUGCUCUCGCUGAAAAGGCAUCUGACGCCUUCUACAAGCUGAGCAACACUAGGGAACAAAUUCAGUCGUAUGUAUUUGAUGUCAUCAGAGCUACUGUUCCAAAGCUGGACUUGGACGAUGCAUUUGAGCAGAAGAAUGACAUCGCGAAAGCAGUCGAAGAGGAGCUUGAAAAGGCAAUGUCUAUGUACGGCUAUGAGAUAGUGCAAACGCUAAUUGUUGAUAUUGAGCCUGAUGACCGUGUCAAGAGAGCAAUGAACGAAAUCAAUGCAGCUGCUAGAAUGAGGGUGGCAGCCAGUGAGAAAGCUGAGGCUGAGAAGAUACUCCAGAUCAAGAAAGCCGAAGGAGAGGCGGAAUCCAAGUACCUGGCUGGUGUUGGUAUUGCAAGGCAGCGCCAGGCCAUUGUGGACGGGCUGAGGGACAGUGUGCUCGCCUUCUCAGAGAACGUUCCAGGCACCACUGCCAAGGACAUCAUGGACAUGGUCCUGGUCACCCAGUACUUUGACACCAUGAAGGAGAUUGGGGCCUCCUCCAAGUCCUCUUCAGUGUUCAUCCCCCAUGGCCCUGGAGCUGUCAAGGAUGUCGCGGCGCAGAUAAGGGAUGGCCUCCUGCAGGCUAAACUGCAGUGAGAGGACCCUGAGAAAAAGGAUUGGUUCUGAUUCGCAGAGGGGUGAGGGCAUCGGUUCAAUGGUGCUAUAAAAUUGCUAAUUAUAAUAUAGCUAGACUUUGCAUGGUUUGCAAAAGCUUAGUUGUGACCUGUGAGUGAGCCUGGGUAUCCAAACCUGUCAGCUAUUUGGUGAUAUUCUAUGCUCUAUGUUCUGCGUGGAUAAUCCUAUGGGUCAGACUCAGUUUAUAGCAUUGAAAGUGCAACUUUUGAGAAUUUGCUA